AUGAAGCAUAAGAUGUUUGUGGCGCCGUUGAUGCCAGCUCUGCUCUUCAUGAUAACUCGACUGCAGACAUUUCAGUGCGAGUUAUCGAAUAUGAUCUGUUAUAAAGGGCGUUUAAGUACGGUUAAUGGUUACGUCCUUUCUACCCAUAAUGUAAACAACACCGUCCAGUUAUCUCCCGAACUUUGCAUUCUUUCCUGUUCCUGGAUCGGCAAAUCAUAUGCAGGAACUUCGGAAGAUCCCGAGUCCUGCUACUGUGCAGAUUCAUUGGACACAACAAGAAUAUUGAACAGCCAUUUAUGCAAUAGCUCAAGAGGGAUGGGUGGUCCCGAUGGAUUAGCAAGCGUGUACGACGUUCCACCAUCACCCUAUUUCAUAGGAAUGAAACUUAAUGCCAAGUCGGUAGGAGUUGUUAAGGAAGAGCAUCAAUUUCAGAUCACACUCAAGAAUCCACCACGAUCGAAUGAUUCCCCAAACUGCAGUUGUAACUAUGGCGACGGCUUAUAUGCUCCCUGGAGUAGAUGUGAUUCCACAUUUAAAACAAAGUUCAGGUUGCCUGGAAUAUAUAGAGUGAAAUGUAUACUUGAUAUCGAUAAAAAUAUGACGGAGAUUGGAGCUGUCACAUAUGUGAAUAUAUCAGAACCUGUACGGGAACCAAGUUUGGAUUUUGGAGAAACAAACGAGGAAGGUUAUAUUCUCGUACAAAGCAACAAAGACGUUGACUUUAGAGUCUAUGUGGACUCCGGCAGUGAUGUGCAGGUUGCGCUCGACUUUGGCGACGGUUCUUCCAAACAGAACACAUAUGCGCCAGAUCCAAUCAGGUUUGCAAUCGGGCCGGAAAUUCCAUUAUUAGCCUCGGAUGACAUCGUGUCCAGUGAGCAAACUGGGCUACACAUUGACCCAUCUUCUACCAUGAGGGGGUCCAUCAACAUGCACUCACAUAGCGGGCUUAAAGUGUUUGGCUGGGAGUUCUAUGCUACUGCAACUGGUACACUUACACUCAUGAUACUGACAUAUAAACCAGGGCUUAAUUCGACAACGAUAUGUGAAGAUUCACAAGUGUUUUACUCUACAAGCGGCAGGUGUAAUUCUGCUGAUGAUCCGAUCGCAAGAAAGCCCAUACGAACGACAGAAGACCUAAAUUAUCUUAAAAGCGAUGACACCGCGUUCAUUGUCACGUACAAAGCUAAAAUUAAUGUCGAAUCGCUUGGUUACAACUUUGUCAGUGCAGAGAGCAUCGAAAACCCUGAAUAUAGCUAUAAUAAUGAUCCAAAAGCAAAGAGCUUUCUAGGGUAUAAAGUAGAUGUCGAUGGUGGAGCUAGGAUUGGUUACCGCCCUACUGCACAUUCUGAAGGAAAUGGGUUUCUUUACAAUAGCGAUGCUGACGAGUUUGACGAAAAUAACAUCGAUCCAUCAAAAUUUCUCCCUGUCGAUUCAGAAAAGAGUUUGCUCAGAGCAAUAGUUGUCUACCCUACAGAGAUCAUAUUCCGUCACCAAUUCUCAAUGCCAACUCCCGUUGAAACACCAAAUGAAUUGAAAUUGAGUCUAACAUCGAAAAAUGGACCAAUUCAUCGUGUGCACCCUGUCCAAAUAGUGGUAUCCGGAGUGCAAUGCUCAAAUCCGGAGAUCGAAUUUGAUCCAGAAACUAUAGGAACUCUCUCCCAACCUAAGGAGUUUGAGAAAAAAAGUCCCAUCGUGAUACAUCCGAGCAUCAAAAUGGAUUGCAUAGCCACGAAGAAUAACACAAAGCAAUGGAAAAUAAGAAAUAUCAACAAUUCAACAGUAGAUACAACCAAUAUACGGUUGAAUAAUGCUAUGCUUGUCAUACCUAAACUGCAUCUGGUGUACGGAGUUUAUGAAUUGAAAUUUUGCGUAAAGAUGGAGUUAGGGAUGGAUGUGCAUAUCCCGUAUAAGUACUGCCUUGCGACAUAUAUUAAGAUAGUACCUUCUGCAAUGUACGGAGGUAUUGUACAAGACAUCAGUAGCUUCAUCACAGUAGGUAUCGAGGAUAUUUUGGAGUUGAGACCCAAGGAUCAUUUCGUAGAUCCUGAUGAAAUUGGAGGUGAACAGGGAUUUGAUAGGUUUGAAUACUUGUGUUAUGACAUGAGAGAAGAAUCAAGUGUCGAUCGAUCAAAUAACAGUUUACGCAGUAUGCCUUUGACAAAAGAGGAACUUAGUGACGAUACGGUUAUUUCCAAGGGUGGUUGCUUCAGACAAGGUCCAGGUUAUAUUGGUAAUCAAACACAUCUUUUUGACGAAGGCAGCAUUAAUAUAGAAGUUAGAAAUAUGCAGGUGAACCAAACAUAUAGAUUGCGAGUUGAUGGCAUCAAAAAUACACUUGUAUUGGGUUCAACUAUUGAGAGACGGGCAACUGCUGAAUUGACAUUUGAAGUUGUUGACAACACCCCACCAAAAGUCGCAAUACAUUGCAUUGCUGGCAAUUGUGAACCGUCUAAUGGAGAACAACGCAUCCUACCUAAUUAUAGGUUGGCUUUUCAAGGAGAAUGUUAUUGUAGGGGAUUUCCCUGUUCUUUCAAAUGGGCUGCGAGGGACGAAUUGGGUGAUAUUAAAGAAUUCGAAAACUAUGUUGAUGGUAUCGAAUCUACUACAAUAGCGAUCAGUACUGACAUAUUCAGCAAUAACAUCGACGUAGAGACGAUUGAGAUAUGCUUGACCUGCAAAAAUUUAAAUGAUAGCUCUGCAGGGAAAAGCAUUGUGAAACUAGCCAUAAAUAACCCUCCAAAAUCUGGCAGUUGCCAAGUCUCGUGUGCAGAUUCAAUAUCAUUUGACGAAUCAGUACUGUUUUCAUGUAGCGGUUGGAGAGACAGUGAUGGAAUAAGUAGAUACGAAUUGAUAUUGUCAAAUGAAGAAAGAAACAUUACCAAACUCACCUAUUCUGGCGUCAGCUCUUCGUUUACAACAAAACUUUCUCCUGGAAGCUGGGACAUAAAAGCUCGAAUAUAUGACACAUUGGGAGCGUUUGUCGAUAAAGUUAUUAAGAAAAAUGUGACUGUUUCACGCCCGAACUUUAAGGAAAACUCCACAGAAUUGUUCAGACGCCUCAGUAAAGAUAUAGAUGAAAGUUUAUCAAAUGGGGAGGAGAGUAACGUCCUCGCUCUUGCCGCUAGAAUUGGUGAAGUUGUACAGCUCUCUGGUGAACAAGAAGCAGAAACGACGAAUAUAAUUGGGCUAGUUUCCCCUCUUCCUGGAUUUCAUCAGGAACACAAAAUAACGAAUUUAAGCAAAGUACUCACAGAGGAACAAAGGGAGACAUUAAGAAAAUUAGAAGAAGAUCGAAAACAGCACUCCCAGAUAAUAGAAAGGGUUAUUGGUGGUGUAGCGGAGCUUAACUAUCAAAAAAGCCUGGAAAUGGUUCAAACCCAGGGUAAAGUUCUCUCAGAGAUGGUGAAUGAUCCUUCUGUGUUAUCAUUCUUGAGCAUGGACUUAUUACAAGAGAAGUGUGACCAAAUAAAUGAUGUUGUGACAACGUUGAAGAAUGAUUCUAUUCAAAUACCAAAAGAAAAAGUCAUUGACAUGCUAAAAAUACAGACAAAAUUAAUGGCAGUGAAAGCAACGGCGAAUAACAUCAUAGCUGUCAGUCCAUCGCUGAAAGAUCAACAAGAUGUUAAAGAGGAUGAUGAGGCAAUGCACAUAAAUAUGGACCCACUCAGUAAAGAUAUUGAUCCACAAAACGCCGAUGAUCAAUAUAUAAUGGCUCUAAAAAGGAAGGUGGCUGCUCAGAGGAAAAAAGUGGCUGUUAAAACAAUGGAAUACUCUGUGAAUGCAGCUAAUCGACUUGUGAACUCAUUAGUUGCAGAGGAGAAGGCUGUGGAAGUUGAAACCAACUAUAUGCGUCAAAAAGUCAUGAAAACGAGCAUAAAUAGAUUCAUUAAUGGUGAAGCAUUCUCAUUCCCUAAUGGGAGUGGAAUAGUCUUUCCAUUUCUGGAGGAUAUUUGCGCAAGUCCUUCCGCUCCGCUCAACUGCACCAACAAUACCAUUAUAGGAGUAGUGUUUCAAGAAUACAGUUCGAAUCCUGUUAAGGAUGAAGAUGAUGAAACAAGUCGUGAAUCAGCUGUACCUGGAUUGACCAUCUUCAAUGAAAAUGGAACAGAAAUUAUUAUCUCAAAUCUUUCCAAACGAAUCGAAGUAGAGAUUAAGAAUAAAUUGCAAAAAGAGGAAAUUGACAAAAAAGAGCACGUUGGUGUAUUGAAUCUUACUCGAAAAUUUCCAGUUUCAUACAGGAAGAUUGAACUAGCCAGAACAGAAUUGAUAAGUGCCACAUUAGAAAUCAAAAUAGGCCUGGAAAACAAUACAGAACAAAAUGUAACAGCAUACCUACGAUUUGGUGAUUUUCCAAAGAUUGACAAUGAUUCUUAUGCUGAACACGACAAUGAUUCAUUUGUGGAAAAUAAACCUGCUGGAAGCAACAAUUCGUUGUUGUUUUUCUUCGACAAUGAUGAGAUUGAUACAUAUAUGGACCUUUACAACACGACUGUAGUAAGGGUUCUGAUUGUUAAUGCUACCAGGGAAUAUUCGUUCAAAUCUGCCAGACGAAGUUGUAGUAGUUUCGAUAGCAAACUCAAUGCUUUUACCUCUAAUGGCAUCCAGGUUUUGCGACCACCAACACUUUCAGGGAUUGAUGACACUGAUGUCAUCUGUCGCAGUUCACACCUGACAUCGUUUUGCGGUGGAUGGAUUGUUGUGCCAAAUACAAUAGAUUGGGAUUUUGUAUUUUCCGGUUUCACUCUUGACAAAAAUGUUACUUUGCUUGUAUUUGUCGGUGUGAUAAGCACGUUGUAUUCAAUUUUACUGAUAUGGGCAAGGCGGGCAGACAAGAAGGAUAUCGAACAGCUUGGUUUGACGCCAUUGGCUGACAAUAAUCCAUCACACAACUAUUACUACGAGAUGUAUGUCUUCACUGGACUCAGGAAAAAUGCUGGGACAAAAUCAAGAGUUCAGUUCUUUCUGUCUGGUGAGAAUGAUGAAACUGAAGUGCGAACUCUAUCAGAUGACAAGCGACCAAUAUUGAGACGUGGUGGCACCGAUGGAUUUUUACUCUCCACCGAAAGAUCUCUUGGCGACUUAUUAUUCUGCCGGAUAUGGCACGACAAUUCCGGAGAAGGGAUGUAUGCAUCUUGGUAUCUUAAAUACAUCCUAAUAAAUGAUGUACAGACACAAAAGAAAUAUUACUUCAUAUCAAAUUCAUGGUUUGCUGUUGAAGAAGGGGAUGGAAAGCUCGAUAGACUUCUUCCGAUAGCUGGUCGGGAACAAAAGGUCGAUCCAAGUCAUAUUGUGCCGCAUAAUGUUCAGAAAAAUAUGGCAGAUGAUCAUCUUUGGUUUUCUGUCAUUGCAAGACCACCAAAGAGCAGGUUCACAAGGGUGCAAAGAGUUUCGUCGUGCUUUUCUCUAAUGUUGUGCACCAUGGUAACAAAUGCAAUGUUCUACGAAAAGGAUGACCCGUCAUCUUCAAACUCUACUAUCAUUGGACCAUUUAGCAUUUCACCAGAACAGAUCUCAAUUGGGGUGAUUUCAAAUCUCAUUGUAUUUCCCGUGAGUAUGCUGAUAGUCCAACUUUUCCGGAGGUCACGUUUGAGAACGAAAAGGGUAUCUCCUGUUCAUGCUGCAAUUCAAAAAAUGCAGCAGUCGGAUACAUCAGUAAAGAAUGAUAGCGACUCAAAUGGGAAAGAUACUAUCCUAAGUGAGGACACAAAGAGAGAGGAUACUGAACAAACGAUUGGAGAACAUUGUCAAAACAUGUCUGGUGUUAAGAUUGUAAUCGAUAAUACAGAGGAUUUGGGCAGCCCUGAAGCGACAUGUGAGUCGGACCGGAAAUCAGGAAAUAAAAGAUGGAUGUUUCCUUGGUGGUGUAGAUACGUAGCGUGGGCGCUUGUUGUUUUGACAACAUUAGUGUCGGGAUCAUUCAUUAUAUUUUAUGGUGUUCAAUUUAAAGACGAGAAAUGCAGGAAAUGGAUAACAUCCAUGCUUGUUUCCAUGGUGAUGUCCAUCUUUGUGACACAGCCAAUUAAGGUUCUGCUGGUGGCUAUAAUAUUGUCAAUGAUAUGCAGAUCUACUGAUGAUGAAGAUGCCGGUGACGAGGAAGAUGAAGAACAGCCAAAUUUACAACAAGAUGAAGAGUUGCUACAUUCUUACACGACAGAUGGAUAUAUUGCAAGCAAAACCAAGUGUCUGUACACUCCCUUAGAUCAGAAAUAUCUUGAGGAUGCCAAAGAAAAACGACUGAAGCAAUUGAAGAUGUAUACUAUUCUUUAUGAAGUGACUCUGUACUCCAUAUUUACUUUCAUCUUAAUCAUCAUCAGCUACCAGCUUCGAGAUCCUAGCGCCGCUCAUGCAAUACAAAAUAUGGAGAAUCAAUUCAUCAAGGUUAAACCGAUGAAUAUGUUUGCAAAGUUAAGAAGCAAUCACUCGAACAUAUUUUUCAACUACACGAACUCUGUUGCCAUCAAGAAUCUCAGAGCUGGAUAUUGGUAUAAUGGGGGACCUCCCUUUGGCCAAAGAGGCUUCACGGGAGACAGAGUCAGUCGAUUAAUGGGCUAUGCUACACUUCGACAAAUACGCGUGAAACCAAAAGACGGUUCUGAAUGUAAUGAUGUAUGUGCUGAUGAGGACCUUACCUAUAGUUUCGGAAAUCACGAUGAGAGUAAUUAUGGUAUCGGAUGGACACUAUACAAUGCAUCAAUACCAACAAGCCCUGAGUACAUUUAUAGAUCUGCUGAUGAGCUGAAUUCCUGGCCUGUAUUUGGGAAAUCGAACGUUUACAAGGGUGGGGGAUAUGUUGUCCAUCUGAAUGGAAGCAUCUACGAUUUGCAGAGACUGGUUGCAAAACUGAAAAGGGAAGAAUGGAUUGGUGCCCACACUAAGGCUAUUUUCAUCGAGUUCACAGUGUACAACCCUAAUGUUAACUUGUUUAUUGCUAGUACCAUAUUGUUUGAAUGGGUAAGCUCUGGAAGUAUCUGGACCUGGCAUAGAUUUGAACCACUGAACUUGAUACCGUAUCUGAAAUCAAACGCAAUGUGGUUCGACGUAACGUGUCAGAUAGCGUUUGCCUUAUUUGUGUUAUAUUUCAUCUACCAUGAAACGAAAAAAGUCGCCAAGGCAAAGAUGGAAUAUUUCAAGCAAUUUUGGAAUUGGAUUGAAUUAUUCAUCAUCGCCAUGUCAAUUGGUGCCAUAGCGAUGUACUUCUGGAGGCUGAAACUCACAAACGAUUUGACAGAUUCGUUCAAGAAACACCAUGGCAACUCUUACAAUAACUUUCAGUUCGUAGCAUAUUACAAUGAAAAUCUCACAUAUUAUGUUGGAUUGCUAUGUUUUAUAGUGACCAUCAAAUUCUUGAGGCUACUUCGGUUCAACAAAAGAAUGUCUUUGCUGGCAAGCACAUUAAAGUAUGGUGCGAAACCUCUGGCUGCAUUUGGUGUAGUUUUCGGCAUCGUAUUUUUUGCCUUUGUCCAGGUAUUUUACCUGCUGCUAAUGACGACGUUAGAGAAAUUCAACUCGAUGGUAAACAGCAUGUUGACGGUUGUACAAAUGAUGCUCGGAAGAUUCAGCUUCAACGAUAUGAAGCAUGCUGAUCCGAUCUUGGCACCGAUUUUCUUUUUCUUGUUCACCUUCAUUUUGUAUCUUGUCCUUAUCAACAUGUUCGUGACCAUCCUUAACGAGACAUUCGCAGUGGUCCAAAAUGACGUCGCAAAACAGUCUAACGAGCAUGAAAUGGUCGAUUUCACGGUUCAGAGAUUUAAGGCCUGGAUUGGGUUUAUACCUACGAAACAAAACGAAGAUGUACAAAGUGUUCCUCCCGAAGUUCGUGUAUCUAACGUCAGCGAUGGUGUGGCUCCAGUUUAUCCAUCAGCAAUCGAGAAAUUUCCGGAGAAAAUUGAGCAAAUGCUGUUACAUGCAUGUAGGCUUUAUAAGGAUGAUGAAACGCUCUGUGACGAACUUCUUAAUUCGAGAGAUCGAGGACACAAAACAAAAGCGACCAUGAAAUUGUUUCUGGCUACGGACCAAGAUGUGUUAAAUGGGAAAUAUCAAAGCUUGCAAUAGAAAGUGUCAAAUUCGACAACCUUGUGAAGUCUUAGCCAACAGAAUAUGAACAUAAAUGUAUAUUGCACCAGAAAUACAUGGACAACUGCUAGACAUCUUUUACAUCAUUAUUAUCAUUUUAUCAUAGACAUAUUUUAAUUGAUAGAGACGCUUUGAUACAGUUUUACGGAGGAGGAAGUAAAGCACAAUUUACAGUCUACUCAUAUUAAGAUACAGUAGACCUGGAGAUUCAACGAUAAACUUAACAUUAACUUUGACCCCAAUGUCAAAUAAAUAGAAGAAUUGCAAAGGACUUUGGCUAUUAUUAACAAUAUAUGUGGGUCUUUGAAUGAUGACCUCGAAUGCAUUGUUUGAAACUCGGACGAUGUGAUCCGAAUGCAAUGUGUCGAAUGUUUAACUUGUUUCGUAUUAUAUUUAGAAUCGUAUACAUGACCUCGAGUUUUGUAUUAUAAUAGCAUACAUGGCUUUAGAUUUUAUUUUGCUCAUAGCUCUAGACUUCAUUCUAGUUUAACAAUGAAUAAAAUAAAAUCUGCUAGUCAUUUUUUGUGUUUCAUGGAUAGAAGUAAUUUUAUUACCCAUUUAUCAAUGAAUGUUAACACUAACUAAAUCGUUAACUCAAAUUGUAAUAUAUUUGCAAUUUUCUGUAUUUUCUUUAUAUAUACUUUGAAUCGAGGUGGUUUUAUAAGCGAUUUGCUUAUCGA